GAAAGCUUUACUUCAUAACUUAGUACAUUGGGACUAGAGUUUGUUAUGAAGGAGAGCAACUUUAUGGUCUAAAUAAUCUUUGCCUAUAAGCGACUGAGGAGAAGAGUAUUGCUCCUGUACUCCACCAGCAGAACGGCAGUCUUCGGAAAUUUCAGAAAUCAUGGAGGAAUGUCAGAAUGGAAUGUCAGUGGAUUUGUUCCUGCAUUGCUCUCUUGUUCCUGCUGUCUGCAUUGUGUUUCUGCUCUCAUUUGUACAGCGCAGAGCGAGGGCUCAGCCCUUUGAGGAUCGCUUCCCAUAUCUCAGGGGUCGAUUUGGCAUUGUGGUGCCGUUGGAUUUCAUUUGCAGUCUAAGUAACCGAUGGUCUUAUGGUUUUGCAUUUGGUGCUAUUGCUCCCAGUGUGAUUCAGCUUUUCUCUGAGUCCUACGCACCAUUUACUGUGCCUAACUGGGCUAAAGCCAUUGUGUACCUGGUAGGAGCAAUAGAAGUCGGUGUGGCCUACCUGCCAUUCUUUGCUUGUCUUUCAACGCCACACCGAUUACUAGGAGGGGUUUUAGGUCUUCUUUACACACUCACGUGGCUCAUUGUGAGACUGUAUGACACGAUAAGCUGUCCCUCUGGAAGGAUUUUAGGUCCUUAUGAGAAAUUGAUCAUCCUGUGGCCGUUCUUCCUGUGUCUGUUUUUCCUGCUGGGACGGUUUGUGUGUAUCAUUGUGAAGGCAGCAAGAAUCCACCUGCAGCUACUAACCGAUGAGAAUGAGGAGGAUCUAAACUUUCAUCAGUUCAUAUAUGUACAGACUCUACUGAAACGCCACCCUGAAUGGCCAGAGGAAAAGAGUUGGUUUCGAAGGAAAGUGUAUGACUGGGAUCCUCACUUUAAAUUCCCUAACAGGAUGAUCGGCACAUCCAUUAUCUCUUUGAUUGGCUUGUACACGUUGACCCUAGCAGACUACAGCUUGAGUGACUACACUUUUGACAAGCUAGAUGCUUUGAUAGACUCUCUUGCAGAGAUUGCAUCGUCCUGUAAUGAAACAAGCAAUAUGUUCACGUCACUCAUUCCCAGGAUGAAAGAGUUCAGCUUUGUUGCAAGAAGGUCUUGGUUGGCGACGACUAUUUUUUCCACUCUGACAUCUGUUACUUACACUUUUCACGUGCUAGUAUGUUACAGACAGAGACGUGGUCAUAAAACAGGCAUGGGUCAGACAAUGGCAAGCAGGUCCAUUACAGGCAAGACAAAAGAGUAUCCAAAGGAAGCUGUGAGUCAGUCGACGGUGAACGCAAUCCUGAGGGCGAGGCAAACGGGGAAUCCACAAGACGAGCUAGAGCCCAGGAAACAUUUAAAGAGGUUGUGGAGGGGACAGAAAACUUUUCUUCCAGAGAAGUUCCAUAAACCAAGCCCCGCCGUUAGCGUGGCUGCUAUAACAAGAUAUUCAGGCUGGCAGAUUGCCUUCACUAUGUGGGGGUUUCUGAUAGUUCACUUUGUGCAGUUUCUUUUUGCCUUGCUGUUUGUGUAUGGAGUCAUUCUACCAAUCCAGAAGGGACACUUUCUCAGCUGGCUUUCUAGUGUAGGCAUCAUUCUGCUGACAGUACUCUUAGUGAUAGCCUUGGUGGUAGUGCAGAUUAUUCUGGUCCAAGUGUUUUUCCUGCAAGACAAACUCUCACCUGAUGACAAAGAAAAGCCCCUUGCACUCAACAACAGAAAAGCAUUCCACUGCUUUAACUACUUUUUCUUCUUCUAUAAUGUGGUUAUGGGGUUGAGCAACAGCAUUUUGCGCCUUUUAAGCAGCUGCAUUGUGGGUACAUGGCUGGUGUCACGCAUUGACCGGACCAUCAUGCAGCGGGGCUACGAGUCCAUGGAUCCAGGAUAUAGUACAUGGAUUGGGAUGAUAUUUGCUGAUCAUUAUCAUAGCAACCCAGUUAUGGUGUCUUUCUGCCAUCUACUGCUUCGCAGAACACUGGAGAAACGAGGACCUGCAGUGUCCUCCUAUGCAACUUUUAGCAAUAACACAAGGUGUUCAGUAGGGGGCAGAGUACGUGUGCGCUGGCUCCUGCUGUACACACUGCUUAGGAACCCUGCACUCAUCCUGCUGAGAAAAAAAACAAACCAGAACGACAACCAAGACCCACUCCUCUUAGCCCGAGCCAUCACCUCACAGGCUCAACAAGCAGCUGAACUGGUCAACAACAAAACUCCAGAUACAGAACCAACACAGUCAGACAUCUGAAACCGGUUCCUCAGUGUGCACACAGACUCCAAAAUUUGAGUUUUGUGUCUGUGACUAUUGCACUACUGAUGAAAUUAACUUUAAGGGGAUAUAGACUUUGAAAAAUGUUGUCUUUCCUUUUUGAUACAAAGGGCAAGAAUGAGAAUCUACCUUCCUAUAAUACAUAACUGCACUCAUCAAAGCCAUUACAUGGGGUCUCGAAGACUGGAUUUUAUCAGAGAACUGGACUGAGAAAAUUAUACAUUCGAGGUCUAAUGCUUUUUGUGUGCUUCUGAAACAAAUUUGAAUGAUUAAGUGUUUGUUGGUUAAAUUGUAUUUUGUAAUAAAGAAUGUAAAAGCUUA